AUGCGAGGAUGCCUGCAGUUAGCCAGAUGGCUGAGCGCAGGGCCGAAAUGCCCGGCGGCAAGCCUUCCCAAGGCGCCAUCCGGCCUCUAUAACACCAUCCGGUCUUUCACUAGUUCCGCCCAGCUGGCAUCGCGAGCCAGAGCCGCGAGCAAACCCGCCUCCGAUCUUGAAACGAGAAUCGCGCAAAUCCCGAUCGACCGAUACCGCAACUUCUGUAUCGUCGCCCACGUUGACCAUGGAAAGAGUACCCUCUCCGACCGACUGCUCGAACUCACGGGCACCAUCCAGCCGGGAUCCAAUAAGCAAGUGUUAGACAAACUCGAUGUCGAACGGGAACGAGGUAUCACAGUGAAGGCACAAACAUGUACUAUGAUAUAUAAUCAUAACGGAGAGGAUUAUCUGUUGCAUCUUGUCGAUACACCAGGACACGUGGAUUUUCGUGCAGAGGUUUCGCGCAGUUAUGCCAGUUGCGGAGGAGCAUUGCUUCUGGUCGAUGCCAGUCAGGGUAUCCAGGCACAGACCGUCGCAAACUUCUAUCUGGCUUUCGCGCAGGGCUUAGAGUUGAUCCCCGUCAUCAACAAAGUAGACUUGCCAUCAGCCGAACCGGAGAAGGCUCUUCAACAAAUGAAAACGUCGUUUGAAUUGGACACGGAAAAUGCGGUGAUGGUUUCUGCUAAAACGGGUCUGAAUGUUGAGCAAUUGCUUCCUACUGUGGUGGAGAAGAUCCCAGCGCCUGUGGGAGAUACUCAGAAGCCCCUACGUAUGUUACUCGUCGACUCCUGGUACGAUUCCUACAAAGGUGUUAUCUGUUUAGUUCGAAUCUUCGAUGGCGAAGUCCGGGCAGGAGACCAGCUCGUCUCGUUCGCAACGGGCAUCAAGUAUUACGUCGGUGAGGUUGGUAUCAUGUACCCCACAGAGACCUCACAGACCGUUCUGCGAGCUGGCCAAGUCGGUUAUAUCUUCUUCAAUCCCGGUAUGAAACGGAGUCAGGAAGCUAAGAUUGGCGAUACCUACACCAAGGUUGGUUCAGAGAAAGCUGUGGAGCCUCUUCCGGGGUUCGAAGAACCCAAGGCGAUGGUUUUCGUAGCCGCGUAUCCCGUGGAUGCAGACCAUUUCGAGCACCUGGAGGAUAGCAUCAAUCAGCUUAUGCUCAAUGACAGAAGCAUCACAGUGCAGAAGGAAUCUUCCGAAGCUUUGGGUGCAGGUUUCAGACUUGGAUUCUUAGGAACUCUCCACUGUUCCGUCUUUGAGGAUCGUUUGCGCCAGGAGCACGGCGCCAGCAUCAUCAUCACGCCCCCUUCCGUGCCGGUAAAGGUAAUGUGGAAAGAUGGCCGCGAAGAGAUUGUUACUAGCCCCGCUCGCUUCCCCGAGGAGGAUGAUCUGCGAUCUAAGGUAGCAGAGAUCCAUGAGCCUUACGUGCUUGCCACCUUAACUUUCCCCGAUGAGUACCUUGGAAAGGUGAUCGAACUGUGUGAAGCGAACCGUGGCGUACAGCAAACCCUUGAAUACUUUACGUCGACUCAAGUCAUUCUCAAGUAUGAACUGCCUCUGGCACAACUGGUCGACGAUUUCUUCGGAAAGCUUAAAGGAUCCACCAAAGGUUACGCUACGCUGGAUUACGAGGAGUCUGCUUGGCAGCCGAGCAACAUCGUGAAACUGCAACUGUUGGUUAAUAAAGCCCCCGUGGAUGCUGUCGCGCGAGUCGUCCACUAUAGCCAAAUAGAACGACUGGGAAGGAAAUGGGUGACAAAGUUCAAGCAGCAUGUCGACCGACAGCUCUUUGAGGUGGUCAUCCAAGCUGCUGUCGGACGCAAAGUCAUUGCAAGAGAGACUGUGAAGCCGUAUCGGAAAGAUGUCCUGGCCAAGCUCCAUGCAAGUGAUGUCAGUCGACGGAGGAAGCUCCUGGAGAAACAGAAAGAAGGCAGGAAGAGGCUCAGGGCUGUCGGAAACGUGGUGAUUGAACAGAAGGCAUUCCAAAACUUCUUGGCGAAAUAG